GGUAGGGUAGACAUGGAAACGGCUCAACAGUAAAUAGGGACGUCAAAUUAAAGCAAUGAAAAUCGCCACCGUGGCCUUCUAUGGUUGUACCCUGGGGCUUUUGGCGAUGGGGCUACGAGAGCUGCUGUCGGGGUUCGAGGAAAACAGAUGCAGCAUGACCUACAUGUUUGAAUACCCCGAAUACCGGCGCGUGCAGCUGCCCCAGCGCGUGGCUCAGCGGUAUCCGGGAUACGGCCUCUACCUGUACGGAGAGGGCCUCUACGCCCGGGAGACCCGGGGCUUGAAGCUCAGUGGCGCCCCCGUCCUCUUUCUCCCCGGAAACGCGGGCAGCUACAAACAAGCUCGCUCCCUGGGUUCGGUGGCCCUCCGGAAAGCAGAGGCCAUGGAGAACAAGUUCCACCUGAACGUUUUCACCGUGGACUUCAACGAGGAGCUGGUGGCCCUGUACGGCGGGAGCCUGUACAAGCAGACGCGCUUCCUGCACGAGUGCAUCAAGGCCAUCCUGCGGCUGUACAAGAGCCAAGCCCAGCCCCCUCGGAGCGUGGUGCUGGUGGGGCACUCCAUGGGCGGUGUGGUGGCCCGAGCCCUCUUCACCCUCCCCCGGUUCAGCCCCCAGCUGGUCAGCCUCAUCCUGACCCAGGCGUCCCCCCACAGCGCCCCCGUGCUGCCCCUGGAUGCCCAGCUGCUCGAGUUUUACUCUGCAGUGAGGGAGCGCUGGUACAGUGGCGCGGGGGACCUGCACAACGUGACGGUGCUGUCUGUCGGGGGCGGUUACCGUGACUACCAGGUGCGCUCAGGCCUGGCCACCCUGCCCUGUCCAGUGGGGGACCCCAACAAGCUCUCCCUAGUGGUUACAGCUGUUCCCCGGACGUGGGUGUCAACGGACCACCUCUCCAUUGUUUGGUGCAAGGAGCUGGUUCUUGCGACCGUCCGGGCAUUUUUCGACCUCAUCGACCCAAACACAAAACAGUUCAUAGAUGACCCUGUGCAGAGAAUGACCGUGUUGAGGCAUCACUUCGUCAGGCACCCGGUGCGGCUGCUGGGCUUUCAGGAGGACGCUCACAUCAGAUUCCCCGGUCCUGCCGAGGCCUGGACCGAGGUCAACACGCUGCGGCUGGCCUACAGCAGCCCGAAGGAGCCGCAUGUGAAGUACUUCCUGUUCGCCCUCUCCAGUCGCAGGAAAGCCUACAGCCACUUCUACUGCCGGAACAGCAACCUGGAGAUGACCAGCUGGCUCUACGGCUGCACUCGUAUGGAGGGCUCUGUGUGUGUGCAGGGUGUAGAUCUCUCCUGGGGAACUGAGCUGCUGCCAGCCUACAAGGCAAUUACAGUGAAGCUCAGUGAUCUGUCGUCCAUCUCUCACCUGGUCAUUGGUGCGUCCAACCUCAGUGGGAGACAGUUCAGCGUGGAGUGCGAGUGGCUGAUCCUGGAGUCUCGGACCGUGACCGUGCCCGUCCCUCAUGUGCUGUCCUUCGGGUUGACGGUCAGUGAUGUCACUUUGAGCUCCUCUGGGCUGUUUCACAACAUUCAGCUGCAGCACUUCCACCAGGUCUAUCAGGCUUUCAGGAUCACCAUCAUGGGCCAGUGCAAAACUGCAAAAGACAGACUGCCCAGUGUGUACAGACUGACAGUGCCGUGGUUCAGAGAGGACUCCUUCAGUACAGCUAGCUUACCCUCAGUCACAGAAAUCCCUGCCAUGCUGCACACCAGUCGCCCUGGCAACACAUCCAGCGCCCUGCUUCAGCUCCACACUGCCCCCAACUGCCAGUACAAGAUCCUAGUGAGGACCUCCUUCCCCAAGGUGCUGGGACAGGUCCUGAGGUUCUGUGGUUCCACCCUACCUGUCUACACUGCAGUGGGGCUUCUGCUGGCUUUAGAGGGACAGCUGAAGGCCCUCUUAAGGACUGGACAUCUAGUGAAGAUGAGUGAGGCUGUGGGUGGGGUUGCCCUUCCCCUUAAGGUGGAGCUACCUGUCUACCUGCUACACCUGCUGCUCAGGCUCCGCUGGUUCCAGGAGGGUUGGACGGCUCUCUGGCUCCCCCCUGUGGACGGCUUGCCUCUGUCGUCGCUGGACGCCAGCGGCGGGGAUGCGGAGCCCUCCGAUUGGCCGGCCCCCGAGGAGGAGUGGACCCGCCUGCUGUCGCUGGUCCUGUGCCUGCUGGGGGCCACCGUGGCCUUCUGGGGCAGCACCCUGCUCGAGCUCUUCCUCCGCCUCUGCUCCCUGCUCCUGGCCCCACUGCACAGGCCCAGCGCGUCCCGGGACGGCGGCACCCUGCACCCCUGGCUCCAGCUGCUGCUCGUCCCCUCCCUCUGUCUGCUGGGCUGGGCCACGUGCGGAGCCCUGGCCCUCACCUGCGCCUUCCUGCUCUACCUGUACCGGGUGCUUCGGCUGCAGAUGUCGAAGAGGACGCUGAAGAACGUUCUGAACCUGGCUCCCCAGCAGCAGAACGGAGAGAAAGAGAAGGAGUCGGGGGAUGCUGAGGGCCAGAACCACUUGAAGGAAUGUAAUGGCGCCCCCGUGCUGUCGGAGUCGGUGCUGCAGGAGGUGACUGAUGACCUGCAGCUGCACCUGAGUCUGUCAGCUCUACUGACUCUGCCCCUGAUACUGAGUGCUCCCUCCCUGCUGCACUGGGCCCGCAGCCUGAGGUAUUCUGUGCGGUUGGAUCCUGACCCCUGCUGGCCGUUUGCACUCCCUGUGCUCACCUCCACUAUUCUGUUAAUCAACUGCAACACACUGACACUGCGCCACAGCAAACUCCUCGCCCUGACCUCCCACGUCCUGCUGCCCCUGUGCAUCGUCAUGGUGACCAUCUCCAUGCUGCACCUGUACCGCGUGACUCACUUCCUGUGCGUGCCACUCGGCCUGCUGGUCCUGGCCUGCCGCCUGUGAAGCCCCACCUCCCGCACCUCACAGGCUCCGCCUCCAGGGACAGGGUCAGGGGGGCGGGGCGGGACCCACCCCCACCCGCCACGAUUCUCUGUGGAGGACAACAUCAGUCUCUGUGGAGUAAACCCCCCCCCCCUCCACCUGCCCGGUCUCAUGAUGUCACACCUGGGGAUUCCCGACAGGGUAUUACUAUUGUUGUAUAUUAAUUUCUCUAUUCCAAUAUCACAUUGUUAUUGGUAUCGUGACGUGGUUGUGUUAUGGUAAUAGUCUGGUUGAUUAGGGGAGGCUUCAGCGUCUCUCUCUCUCUGUAACCCCCUACCUGUGACCCAGCACUGCCAUCCUAACCAGACGAUUCAUCGCUGUCACUGCAGAUGCUCUACACACAAACCAGAUGGUCAGCUCCUGUCUCUCUCUACUUCCAUCUCCAGUGAGGUUCUGGCUGGUAACAGGGGGUUGUUCUGUCAUCUGCCUUGCUGUGGUAGCUGUGGAUGUUCUAAGAGUAGACGUGUCCACCACUAACACUCAUAAUGGACCAGCCACUCAAAACACUCGCUGCUUCAGCAAUGGUGUGGACACAACUUUAAUUGUGGAAAAAUAUGGAGCUGACCAUCUGGCUGCUGUAGACGGUCUGUGCUGUCUCCUCAGUGGCCAAACACUCUUAGCCUUAAGCAAUCAUCAAUCCUCAAAGCAGCAGAACGGAAACAGUUGGGAUCUUUGGCUGCAUUGUACCAGGUGACUUCAGAACCAGGAAGUACAGAAAGAACCAGAAGGUGCGCCUGUCUGAUACCCACAAUCCACCUGCCCCCCUGCCUCCCUGCACAUCCUAAAACAAGCACAGAUACGGCAAACUCGCCGGGUCCGAUUGUCGAGUGGAAAGCUUUGUGACGUGCUGAAUGCAUGGAAGAUGUUUUGUGUCUGUUCUGAUGUCCUUACAACUCGCCCUGACCUGCCUUUUACCUGGAAGGGGUGUCCGUCACUCUCCGAGCGAGCAGGUCACUGCCUCGCCUCGCAGCCAAUGGGAUGAGCCUGACAGAUUUGUUUAAAAUGGCCAACUUGUUUGUUAGGUGGGCGCCAGCUCCAGUUCUCUCUCCGCUCUCUAACCUCCCUGUGAUGACCUACAGGGAGGGGUACAUCACGCCCUGCAGCUACUGUCUGCUCACACUGCACUACAGGGGCAACGUUGAACCCUUCCAUCAGACCAACACACUGUCCUGCUUUCUGUGGAUUGGUUCAUCGGUUUUGGCAACUCCCUUCGUCUGUCAGAAUUCAAAGAAACCUUUGACACACUGCAUGGUAAAGUGUUUCAGAUUCAAGAGAGGAAAAGCCCCCACACGUCAGUAGAGAAGUUGCUACUGCCACUUUCCCAUCAUUGUGUUGGAAACCGUGAGCUGAACGGCUGAGACAUUGUGAAUUUGGUUAUAAAUUUGGCCUCAAAGGCAUUUACUAGGUGCAAUAUAUUGGCAUUUCUUGCACAGUUUAUUUUUCUUGCGCCCUGAAUUGUAAGUUUGACUUGGAUGAGGGGUCUGCAGGGUGUGCAGGUGUUCAUUGUUACUCAGCACUUAACUGACCAAUCAGAGCAGGUAAUUGCGCAGUUCACUUCUCUUCCAGGAUUUCUUGGGUCUGAAAAGGUUGUCAAUUUUUGGGUGAAAUUUGUGCCAGGUCAAAAAUGAAUAGUACUGAGUCAGAUGUACAAUUAAGGUCACAACUCUUGCGUUCUGUGUGUGUGUGCGUGUGUGUGUGUGUGAGAGUGUGCAUGAGACCCACCUGAACAGCUGUUGUCAUGCUCCGAAGCCGUGCCUGCUACCUCACUCCCUCAUGGCCACCAGAGGGCACAACACUAUCCCGGUCCCCUGGAAUCGCCCAGCCCUUUACUUUUAGAAGAAGUCCCUUGUGUUCUUGGCAAUCAGUGGCUUAGUAACAGUAACUCGGUAGACUAUUGCAGUUCUUUGUCUCUGUAUGCCCAAAAACCUAGCUUUUUGUGCUGUGCUAUGGCAAAGUGUUCACAGGUCUUUUUUUUCCGACUCCUUGAAUUUCACCCCCAUCCCCCUCCACAGUUCCCUUUAGAGUAAACCCAGCCUGAAGCAGCCUGAAUAAACGAGUCACUGCAGCCUGAACGACUCGCAGCAGCGCCCCCUCUGGCUGAAAGCUGAACUCACCGUAUUGAACCGUGCACUUUUAUUUUCCCCUACGCUUCACUCCGGUUUGUCCGUUUUGCUGCAGCUGUGUAUGUAGGCGGGUGGGGGAUGGGGGGGGUUGCCUCGAUCGGGUGGAGCAUGAGAUGUGCACUCCCUCUGAAUGUGUGUACUACAGGGAGUAUGAGGUUCGAGUAUGAGGACGAGAGACAGGAAAAUGUACGGUACGCAGUGUGCGACCUGCGUGUGCUCUCCUGCGGCUAGGCUCUCUGGGCAGGACCUGCGUCCAGCAAGUGGGGACUGCGCAGAUAUCUGAAAAAUAGAACAACCUCAUGUCAGCUCAGCUAGCCGCAAUUACCACCUCUCUUCUGCCCACUGCUGGCUCUCUCCGAGGCCUGGCGGAAAGUCCACCCCCCGGCUAAGCGUUUUGUUGUUGUGCGUUACCUGGGACCUAAACCAGGCUGGACUGAGGCUGCACAAGAGCGCCCCCUAUCCCCUGUUCCAUCCUCCCUCCCAGAUUUCACUGCUCGUGCCUUCAUGCAGAAAUGCCCCCCCACCCCCACCGCUUCCAUUCAUAUUUUCACUUGCUGGGCUGAGGAGUGUAUCGCUCUGUUUCAGCUGUAUCGUAGGCCCGGCCUGUAGACGCUGAGUGUUUGGCUCCCUAUAACACAGUGGUGGACAGCAAGGGCCAAUCCGCUUCAGGAUUUUGUGCCAACUUCUGCUAUUAAUGAUUUAAUUAGUAUUUUUAAUUUAAUUUAAAUUUAAUUUGUAUAUGCAUCAGCUUAGAUUUUACUGUGCUCAACUACAGGAGUGAACCAACAUAAUUUAUAGAGCUGUCAGAAAAAUAAAUGAAAGUAAUUGGUUGGAACAAAAACCAGCUUGCAGACCGGAGUUUGCACCACGCUAUACUGUCAUAGCCCCUCUCCAUUUCUGGCAUUUCUGCUUCUCCUGGAACUCCUAGGUUGCUAGGGUGACGCACACAUACACACCUCUGACACAGGUCUGUGUCUCCUGCACUGUGAUUGUACCUGCACCUGUGUGCGUGUGCGUGUGAGGCUAUGUAUGUGUGUGUGUGUGUGUUUGUGUCUGUCUCUGUGUGCAUUUACGUAUGGUGCAGUUCCCGUGGGUUGACUUGUACGGACCCUGCCUCUGACCAAAUGUUAAUUGUGAACAACUUUGUACAGGCCGAACAUUGUCUUAAUUUAAAAAAAAGAUAUGAAGUAAUUUUGAAAAAUAACACAAAAAAAACACACACAAUGAAAUGUUUUAUAUUGAUAUGAUUGUGGUUUAUAUCAGUGCUCAAUGUAACUGUGCUGUGAUGUAGGAGAGUUGUUUACCAGCUGUUAUCAAAUGUUGAAAUUUAUGCUAACUUAGAGUGCUUCUGACCAGUAUGUGUUGUUUGUGGCAUAGUUACCAUUAAGUCCAAAUGAAGUCUGCCCAAGCAAAGUCACAUAUCUGGUCUGGCUGCACCUUGAACUCCAGCCUUGCUCUACAUCGAGCUACGGAUACACCCAAAUGUAUGAGCGACAUGAAGGAACAUUUAUUUGAUUUUCAGGAACAAAAGAAAAAGAAAAUGGAUGGUCUCUGGUAGCUCCACAUUGUGAAUAUGACUUCCAUUUGCUGGCUGUCUACACUGUUCAUUUAGUGUGCUAGGAAAUUAUUGCUUAUUGACUGUGUUGGAGUAAUACUGUAAGUGCGCAGAAGGCACAUUUGGUCUCCUGUGAAUGCCUUUUUUCACUGAUCUGUGUUCAGUGGUGUCUGUAGUACAAGCACACGUCGCCAUCAGCCCAGCUGAGGGCCUAUUUUAGCGCUAUACCCUAAACAGGACCAGAGGGUUUAGUUUUAUUUCUUCUCCUCAGCUUUUUUGAACUCUGAUUUGAAUCUUACCAGCCUGGUCCUGUUGGGGUUGCGUUGUAGUUGUAGCGUGAAAAAUGUCCCUAUUUUUGCGCUUGAGAUUAAAUGUCUAUAAAUGCCUAAUAGUUUCAAUGCUGUAACUGUUUUUGGUUGUUUUUUUUUGACCUGAGAAUCUACCUAACAAUAAAUCGUAACUGUCCUCCUAUCUUCUUAAGAGCCAAUUAGUGAGGUUUUCUACGUGUUAAUUCAUUUCCUAAUUUGUGUGUGGAGAUGGUCGGAGUACUUUUAGGUCUUAAUGCACAUGUGACCACAGCAGUUCCAAAAGCAGGCUGUCAUCACGAUUGCCAGACUGGGGGAAUUUACACCAUGUUAACUUGGAGAAAUUAACUGGAGAUAUUUCACAGUAAAAGGCUAUGGGUGUCAUGGUAGAUGGGGGAAAUGGGGGAAAUUUCAGAAGCAAGUCAAUUUAAGACUCGUUUCAAUUCACCUUCUGAACUGUUUUCAUUAACCUGCUUUGGUCACAAGUCACCUUCUGUUUGAGCAGAAACCAUUUGAUUUAUCUGCUUUAAGGACACAUAACAAAGACAUGUGCUCAGUUCUCAGGUGUAAAGCAUUGUUACUAAAGAAGAUGUUGUGAGGUGGUGGUGUUUAUUUUUUCAUUUCACAGUUUUUAAAAUACUGGGUUUUUUUUAGUUGAAAAUUUGUGCAAUUUGUGCGCACUAUUGUGGUUCCAAUGAGAGUACAAAUAAAUUAAAGAAAUAA